GCGGAGGAAGACGGCGGGCAGGUGAUGUGGCCGCCGGCGGGGGCAUUUGCCGGCGACACCGGAGCGCAGGCCGGAAGUGGGGCGGCCCCGAGCGGCGCCUCCGGAGCUCCGGGCUAGACCGCGGCGACGGCCCCUGGGCUGGCGGGGGACGAUGAGGAGCGACGGCAGCGGCGCGGGGCCCGCUCGCGUGUCCGCGGCCCACGGCGCAGCCUGCCCGGCGGUCUGAGGUACUUCCACAGAGCUACAAUGGAAAAGUCCUGGACGCUGUGGAGCUUUGUGGAAAGAUGGCUGAUAGCCUUGGCUUCUUGGUCUUGGGCGCUCUGCCGUAUUUCUCUUCUACCUUUGAUAGUAACUUUUCAUCUGUAUGGAGGCAUUAUCUUGCUUCUGUUAAUAUUCAUAUCUAUAGCAGGUAUUCUGUAUAAAUUCCAGGAUGUUUUGCUGUAUUUUCCAGAACAACCUUCCUCUUCACGGCUAUACGUUCCUAUGCCUACUGGAAUUCCACAUGAAAACAUUUUCAUCAGAACCAAAGAUGGAGUGCGUCUAAAUCUUAUUUUGAUAAGGUACACUGGAGACAGCUCACCCUAUUCCCCAACUAUAAUUUAUUUUCAUGGCAAUGCAGGCAACAUAGGUCACAGGUUACCAAACGCAUUGCUCAUGUUGGUUAACCUCAAAGUUAACCUUUUGCUUGUUGACUACCGAGGGUAUGGAAAAAGUGAAGGAGAAGCAAGCGAGGAAGGGCUCUACUUAGAUUCUGAAGCCGUGCUGGACUAUGUGAUGACUAGACCUGACCUUGACAAAACAAAGAUCUUUCUUUUUGGCCGUUCCUUGGGUGGAGCGGUGGCUAUUCAUUUGGCUUCUGAAAACUCACACAGGAUUUCAGCCAUUCUGGUGGAGAACACGUUUUUAAGCAUACCACAUAUGGCCAGCACUUUGUUUUCAUUCUUCCCAAUGCGCUACCUUCCUUUAUGGUGCUAUAAGAACAAAUUUUUGUCCUACAGAAAAAUCUCUCAAUGCAGAAUGCCUUCCCUUUUCAUCUCUGGACUCUCUGACCAGUUAAUCCCACCAGUAAUGAUGAAGCAACUUUAUGAACUCUCCCCAUCGCGGACUAAGAGACUGGCUGUUUUUCCAGAGGGGACACACAAUGACACGUGGCAGUGCCAAGGCUAUUUUUCUGCACUCGAACAGUUCAUCAGAGAAGUCAUGAAGAGCCAUUCUCCCGAAGAAAUGGCCAAGACAUCGUCCAGCGUCACGAUCAUAUAACAACACUUCCUUCUGGGUUGAGGCGUCGUGUUCUCAUUUGUGCAGAACAAUGAAUGUUUCCUUCCGGAAGUGUGUUAGUAUCUGUAAGAGUCUCGAGAGUGACAUUAAACUCUUAAAGGAUCUCAGUGUUCCUUUAUUAUGAUCCAAAUGUUUUUUUGUUUCUAAUUUGAAGAACUGUAAUUCCUGAGAUAAAUUCAUACAUUUUAAUCAAAGCUUCCAUUGUCACUAUGUAUCCGUAUCUUUAUUAUGUCACUGUAAUAGAGAUGAUUUAAAAGUUUCUUGUUGCUGAAAUGGUGUAAUCUAAAUUAUACUUGGGCUCUGGCUCUUUGGAAGGAUAUAUGUAAGCAAGAAGCCUGUGGACGCUAAUCCCGUCACAGAUACUGGGACAAUCAUGGUGAACAAACUGAACUCUGUAACUGCAUUUUUCACCUUAAAAGUUUAAAUGAGAUGCAUGAUGGUAUUUUAUUCCUUGACUUAUGCAAUGCAACAUUUUUAGUGUAAAUAGCACUGAUUCUAUACCAGUGUAUACGGUUACCUGGGUUAUAUCUAUUUUUAUGUAAAUUCUAUUUUGUCGUUGGCAAGACGUGAGCCAAGGCCUCUGCAGGUUGCCCUUGGGUUGAGCUCUGGUAGAUGCGGAGACCCAGCCUUUUCUUACCAAUAAACGGGACCCUGUUUUUCCGAUGUCAGCGUACCGUGUUUUGUUAGGUACAGUCUGGACCACAGCAUGUAGAAGUAGAAAUUUAGAAUUUUACUGCAGCUUUGAUGUGCAUAUCCAAACUUUUUAACAUUUGUAAUUUUGGUGGCAAAGAGAAUUUUAGCUUCUGUCCAUUUUGUAAGUCUACAGCCAAAACACUAAUAGCAGUCAUAGUGGAGGUUAGAACUCGCUUAAGACCUGUUAGGAGGUCUUUACUGCAUUGCUGUAUAUACUGUUUUACAAAAUUUUUAUAUUUAAUUCUUUAGUUGCAGUAUCUAAGAUAUCUCCAACCAACCAAAAAUGAGAUAUACCGCUCAUUGAACUUUUUAAAACUAAAAGUUAAAAUCAUUUGUUCUUGACUUGAUGUUCCAGUGAUAGUAAGAUAGAGUUCCUGUAUCAAAAGAAAUUUGUAGAAAGUCUUAUUUAUUUACUUACUUUAAAAUAUUUUAAUUGUAGGAAUAUGGAAGGAAUUCUAGAACUUUUUGAUCCAGAACCCAUUGCCAUAUUUAAGUGUUAAAUUGUAGGUGGGAAGUAGUAGUUAAACAUAUGGAAGAAUAAGAAAAAUCUUUAAAAUAUUUGGCGGGAUUUAGUUUAACAACAAUAGUAGCUAUAAAAGAAAAUGUUUCCAGGUUGUCCUCAACGACUAGACAUAAUUGAAUUGUGUACCUCGUGGGACCAGUGUUAGCAUUCAGCGUUGUGAAUAUUUUAGCUGUUCAUUGUCUUUCCACAGGCACCUAGAGCAGAAAAGAGUCAGUUAUCUUGAUCUGAAUUUCAGACAUUUUCCAUGGAAAUGGCGGGACAGGAAGUGCUUCUGCCAGGUUGCACUCUUACUCACGUUGUGCCAGCAUUAUGGAGAAUAAAUGAUAGCAAGUAUGUUUGUAAGGAAAAUAGGUUUUCUAUAAAUUAUGAACUAUAAAAAAAUUGAAUUUUUAAAGAGUCGGUAGUAUAUAUCUUGGAAAGUGUAUUUUGUAUUUAUAAGUUCACCACAAAGGCUGCUUGUCACCAUUUUGAUGCUUGCCACGUGGAGUGACUGUCCUAACAGUGAUGUGCUAAGGAAAAAGCAUAUGCGAGACGUAGCCUGUUUAGACAUGCGCUUACGUGGCACAUCUUGUCCUUGCAUCAUUUUUUGAAGUUUACACAAACCUUUUGUUCUCACGUAGUCGUUUAGUCUUGUGUAACAUGGAAGAAUUUGUCAACUUUAGUUUUAAAUGUUAUGCUGAUAAAGUAUAAAAGCUUUUUCUUUUA